AUGUCCAAUUUGCAUUACGGCCCUAAGCUGCGGCAGCUGCUGCUGAAGCUGGAAUCUGAUCGCGACCGCGGACCGCCUGCUGGCAAUGAGCGGCUGUCAAAACUCGCUUUUCUCGGGCUUCUAGUGGUCAAAAACGCCAAACAACGACGCAGAAGCUCUACAAGCUCGCUUUCCAGCAGUCCUACGCUCUAUUCGCCCAAUCAACGCAGUCGAACAAACAGCGGCACAUUAACCGGGCCGCUUUUCGCCCUUCGAACUCAGCCACAACGCUCGUGGCAGGAUAAAUAUAACAGUUUCGAAACAGGGUUGCUGGCCAACCUUGAGUCGAUGGUUUCGCUUUUCGACAACUUCACCAUGUUCCAGAAUAUUUUGAGCAAAUCACGGUUUGCGUCCAAGUUUCGCGGAGUGGAGACGCUUCUCAAAAACCUAUCCAAGGUGUAUUUCGUCAUCAUUUUGAUAAACCUAAAAAACCUCAUAGUCAAGCUUAUUAAGCUUAACAAACUGAUCCGAAUAUUGGAGUUGGAAGCGGAAAUGCUUUCGCGCAACGGCAAGAACGUGCUGUUGCCCGAAGCCGCGUCACAGGAUCGCGAAAAGCUCGUUUUUCUGUACACAGAGAAGUUCCGGACGUAUCUGGAGCUGAUUGGCUACGCAAACGAGCUGGUUCUGGAUCUGACGCUGGUUUAUUCCAAAAUACGGCUGCCGAAGCUGGUGGAGCGGCUCGUGAGCCUGGUCAGCUGGAUCAUCGGCGUUUACCGGCUAAGUAAGGACGAGGCAGAAGAGGCCAGGACAGAGGAACAAAUCGCGGCGAUGCAGAAACAGUAUUUAUAA